AUGCUCGGCCCGCACCCAGUCGCAAAUCGAGAAUGGGUCCCUAGAACCGCCGAGCUCCCAAAGCGCUCCAGCUUUGAGGCCAAGGCGUCCAGGGAUCGUGACCACCCCCUGCUUCUCGUCUGUUUCGACGGUGGCCACAAAAACGUGUCCAAAAGGCCCAGGCACCGGUUCGUAGAUCCCCGCGCUUCAGUCUGCGAGCCUGUUUGUGGAAUUCGCUAUCCUGGCAUAGCACGACUCGAGCACACUCACAAGAGACCAGGGCGUACCACUCCCCACGGCGGUCCAUCUAUCUGCAAAUGCAUGGGCUGUCAGCACACGGCAGCAGCGCCCGCCACGGUAGGACAGUUACACACCGACUGUCCUCUAGAAGGCUUCGCUGGAGGAGGCCGAAGUAAGCAGCGAGAAUCACGUCAAACCGAGAUGACGGCGGUCAUUAACACGGGCGAUAUACAUGGCACAUUCCUCCAUGUCUGUACCUACACCACCUUUCCUUGUCUGCUCUGUACGUGGAUGCCUGCUAGGUCCCGUAUUAUACCGAACUCGACCGGACCGAUGUUGGCUAUCCAUAUCCUCGCCUCUGCCACCGCACAUCAUCCCAAUCAUUCGGCUUCUCUUCGAUAUAAUACGCAAACUAGCAGGCAUGCCGUCCAGUGUGCAAAGAGCUCCGGUAUCAUGCGUGGGGCUAUUCUGGUCUUACCUCAAUCUAUUCGCAUCCCUCUGCCCAAAUCAUGGUUUGGAUCUCCCUUCAUGGCUAAGGCUCGGCCGGUCUUGCCGCCAUCCCGUGUUGGUUCCUUCCGGAGAGAAUGGCUUCCUUCAGUGACAUUUCAUGGCCAAUCAAUCGAGGCAGCCUCUCCUCUUGCCUGCUCAUGUCGCCCUCUUGGUUGCAUUCUGGGCAUGCGUGGGGGGGACCGUGAUUCCCAAACGACCAUGGUCUCUGGUCCAUCGUUGCAGCCAACUUGUCAAGCCAUGCCAUGCGGAACAAGAAGGGAAGACGCCACACUUGGCUGCAACCGAGUGGGAUGA